UAGUAGAGUUUUAUCACGUGGUUCACAACAAUACAUAACCUAAAACUGUCAGAUUACCGCAUUUGUUAUUUGUUUUUAAUCUUUUUAACAAUACAACAAUUUUAACGAUUUCAGCAAUAAACCUAAAAAUAUUUUCGAAAAAAGUGACUAGAACAUGAAGUUAAAAAUUUUGGCAAUUCACGGAUAUCGUCAAUCGGAUACUACUUUCAGUGGGAAACUUGGAUCACUUAGAAAAAGUUUCAAAAAGGAAAUUGAUUUUACUUUUAUAAAAGCUCCUCAUAAAGUUCCACCUUUGGAAAGUAGUGAGGAAAAAGAGGAAGACAACAAUGGAGAAGAAUUCGGUUGGUGGUUUAAUACAGAAAAUAAAGUAUUCAAAGCAACAGUACCAAGUAAUUUAUCAGUGGGUUUUGAUGAAAGUUUAGCAUUAGUGGAGAAAACCUUUGAACAAUCAGGUCCAUUCGAUGGAAUAAUUGGUUUCUCUCAAGGAGCAUCAUUUGUUUCAAUUCUCUGCGCAAUGCAACAAAGAAAAAUUUCGCCGAUUAAAUUUGAUUUUGCGAUUCUUAUUUCUGGAUUUAAAUCACUUUGCGAGCCGCAUGCGAUAUUUUACAAGGACAUUAAAAUUGAAUUACCAACAUUACACGUUUAUGGAGAGGGCGAUAAAAUAAUUCCAACUUUAAUGGCGCAGGAAUUAAGUGAAGUAUUUUCCAAUAAAAAGAAAUUUAUUCACGAAGGUGGUCAUUAUGUUCCAGGCAAGAAAUUCAUUUAUAAUGAUUUUAUUCUCGAAAUGUUAUCGAAAAAAAGCGAUUCCAAAGAAUUAAGAGAAUAAUUUUCAAUUCAGGUUAGACACAAUUUUUUGCACGUCAAAUAAAAAAGAAGAGAAGGAAAGGAAAAAGAAAAGAAAAUCGAUAUAAAAAAUAGUAAUACAAUUAUUUUAAAAAAAGCAAAACAUUUAUACAAAAAUAACAAGAGUCAAAAUAGUAAA